AUGAUCGAUCGCCCAGUGAUUCGGGGUCGUCUUGCCCGAGUUUCUCAGUCUAUCCGGACAGUCAUGCGCUGCAUAGGUGGAAAUAAAGAAUCCCAAGAAAGCACACAGCGAGCUACAUUGAUUUUGUGUGAGCUGCUUGAUGUACUGUGUCAACUUCAAGAUCAACUGAGCUGGACGGAAGAGAAAUGGGUCGUGGAUCCGUCACGACUGCAUACCCUCGAUGAAGUCAUCCGUUGUUUUGAGUCGACGGUUGGGUCAAUCGAAAUGUACUUCCAGCCGGGAGGUAUCAGCACUCGCUCUUUGAGAAAACGCUUGUUGGAGAUUAGGUUCAUUCCUAGGUUGGAGCAUUUCAAGGCUAUGAUGAUCUUGGCAAUGCAACCCGAGUCUCGGUUUACUUUUUACAAAGAGAAAGGUCCCGAGUCGAAGCAAAACUCCGAAGUGUACUCAGAAAGUUCUAUGAGAUGGACCCCGGUUGGUCGAAAUGAAAAUGUCCCUCAGGUUGGUUCUCUGGCUAAACUCGGGUUUUCAGAUUCAAUAACAGCUAGUACAUCAAACGCCGAUGACUACCACAAAAUUACGAGCCGUGUGACCACCCAGGGCUUUAUGAGGCUAGCAGACCUAUGCAAUAGACGGCACGACGGAACGUGUGAAUGGAUAUUUGACAAUGAUACGUAUACACAGUGGCUUUUUGGCCGCAGCAGAACGCUAUACUGCCCGGCGCUGGAAAGACCUUUCUCGCGUGAGUCAACUGGAAAGCGAAACAAUGUCAAUUCUAACGCAGCGUUUAGAUCCACCAUUAUCGACAGCCUGCAGAAUACAUUCACGUCUGCAGAUGUGGCAAUAGUUUUUAUUUUCGGUCAUGAUGAGACUGACGACGACUCAAGCUCCGUGGGAUUUCUUGAUAAAAUACUUGCACAACUGGUAUAUCGGAAGCGGACGCCUUCUCACGCUACUGCUUGCUUGUAUAAGUCCAAAUCUUUCGCCGAGGGAAAAGUAUCAGCAAAGGCAUAUCAAGAUGCGAUUCGUGCCGAGGUCAACAGAUUUUUACGAGUUAUGUUCGUCAUUGAUGGAAUCGACAUGCAUGUGGAGAGGGAGCGAAUCUUGAAUCGCCUUCAAAAACUACCAGAUCACGCACAGCUCCUUGUCACCACACGAGAAGCAAAGUAUGCAUCCAAGGACGAGCAUAUAUCCGUUUUGGCCACUCAUGCGGACCUUGAGACAUACGCGUGCUCCCGAAUUGAGCAGGAUGGAAGAUUGUGCGCUCUGGUGAAGCAAUAUCCCCCCGAGUUGAAGUUUGCUGUUAUUCGUCAAGUUGCCCUGAAGUCACAUGGCUUGUUUUUAUUGGCCCGAUUACACAUGGAUAUGUUAUCCCGAUGCAAUGAUGGGAGCUUGCUACAGAGGUCCCUUUCUCAACUACCUGAGAGUUUGAACGAUGCAUACGGCGAGUCUAUGACACGAAUUGUUAGUCAGAACCCUUUUGCCAGCCGUUGCCUUUACUGGACGCUGUAUGCUCAGAGGCCUUUGACUGUCUCGGAAUUAGAGUUUGCAGCAGGCUUUGAGCUACAAGGAAACAGCGCUAUAAAAGAGACCUCCUCUUCUGAACAUACCAUGCUUGAUGAAACUGCCGGUUUAUUGACUAUCGAUGCGAUGGGUGGGACCGUUCAUUUGGUUCACAAGACGGCUAAAGAGUAUCUCAGUGGACCCGCAGCUCGGGUCUUUUUCCCAACUGCGAAGGUGAACAUUGCAGACGUUUGUCUCACGAUAAUAACUCCAGAUGAAGUGAUUGAUGAUUGCUAUGUCAACCAAGGAGGAACUCCUCGCAACCCCCGAGGCGGGCUGCUUGAUUAUGCUACAACUUAUUGGGGGCACCAUGCUAGCGAAGUCGGCGAAGAUGAGCAAGCAACGCAAGUUCUCAUUCGAGCAUUCAUAAACAAACUUUGCUGGAGACGACCCCCCAUUACAAAGUCUUGCACCGUCGAACUCAAAAUGCCGAAGCAGUUGGGUUUCGGAAAAUACUUUCCUGACUGGACUUCUCUGCAUGUGCUUGCUUACUUCGGCAUCAUUGAAAAAGCGAAACGCUUGAUUGAUCAAGGUGCCGAUCUCGAUGACUGUGAUAAUGAACUUGGAAUUACCCCUCUGCAUUGUGCUGUAUACCGAGGCAAUGAGGAGAUGGUUGAACUACUUCUCAACUCCAAAGCCAACAUCAAUGCUACCUGCAAAAACGGCCAAACUGUUUUGCACAUGGCUGCGGAACAAGGGCACCGCAAACUGAUCAGGUUUUUGCUUCAUCGACGAGUAAAGUCCAGGAAAGCGGACCAGCGAGGAGAAACAGCUCUCCAGCUAGCUAUUGGGAUGACCCAUGAUGAAGCAACUGUUCCAUUUUUGAUCAAAAGUCGAUUUGACAUGGAUCUUCAGAACACUGUGACUGGAAACACUGCGCUGCAUCGAGCAGUGGAGUUGAGGCGACCACGUAUUCUUGCCUUUCUUCUGGAGAAAGGGGCUAAUAUGAACGUCCUAAACAGAGACGGUAUGACUGCCCUUCAAGUUGCCUGCAAAACAGACAACUGUGAAGCAAUAUCUCUGUUUCUUGAGCGGGGUGCUCAGCUAGAAAUUCCUUCUUCCUAUGGAGUCACUGCAUUACACAUUUCUGCAUUGCAGGGUAACUGGGUUGCAUUUGAUCUUCUGUUAAUUGGGGGCGCAGAUAUCAAUGCAUGGGAUAGCGAAGGCGAUUCCUUGCUUCACAUGCAAGCCCGAGAACCCUCGACGACUUCUAUUGCAGCAUAUCUAAUCGCGCAAGGUGCGAACAUGGAGGCAUGUAACUCACAGGGCUACACGCCAUUACAAUGUGCUGCCGUGUCUGGAAACAAAACAAAGUUCAUCUUCCUAGUAGAUCAAGGGGCGAGACUCGAUGUCCAAACUGCCAAGGGAGAAACUCUUCUUCACAUCACACCUCCUCUCAACCAAGACUGUCUUGACAUCGUGGAAACACUACUGGAAUGUCGUUUUAGCGCCAAUGCAACAACACGCAGUGGAUUGACACCUCUGCAUCAUCUUGUCAUCAAUGCAUUCGACUCACCAGAUCCCUCGUUCAAAGAGACUGCCGACUUCCUUUCGUUGCUCCUAUCCUACGGGGCCAAUAUCAAUGCCCCGACGGCUUCUUAUGAGGCCGUCACGGCAUUGCAUUUAGCAGUGAUGGCCAAGAUACCACGUGAAUCACUAGUAUCACUGCUUAUCGAGAAUGGCGCCUCGGUUGAUACAAGAACAUCUGACGGUAGAACGCCGUUACACUUGGCUGCGGAACGAGGCCGCCAUAAUAUUUUCCAAAUAUUGCUAGAUGCGGGUGCGGAUCUUUCAAUCAAAGACACCGAAGAAACACCAACAAACGACAAUGUCAAAGGAGACGGCCAGACUGCAAUAGAUCUAGUUGGCAAUAAUUCAGUUAGUGUCGAUUGGUCUGAUACUACGGGCAAGCUACAGUCGCUGCCAGCGAUGCAUCAACGCAAUAGCCCAACCACAACUGUGGACUCGGUCGAUAGCGAAUCUGAACACUCUCAAAUGGAUGAAAUCGGGGGAUCGAGUUUGAUCAGUGAAGACUACUCAAUUUGGGGAUCGAGAGCAUCAUCCACUUCCAUGGAUCUUUCGUCUAUCAUUUCUUCCUCUUGCUAA